AUGGUUUUCUCUUAUUUUAAUAUUUUCAAAAUUAUAUUUUUUAUAAUUUUGGAAAUUUCGGUAAAAGAUAAAGUCGUACGGGGACAAACCAGUCAAAAUAUUAAUGUGUUAUUUAUAAACGAACUAGACAACGACCCAGCCACCAAAGCAAUUGAAACGGUACAAACUUAUUUGAAGAAAAACUCCAACUAUGGAUUGUCGCUGCAAAUCGAUAAAAUCGAAGCAAAUAAAACGGAUGCUAAAGCACUUUUGGAGUCGAUUUGCACCAAAUAUGCCCAAAGUAUUGAAAAUAAACAACCGCCACAUAUUGUAUUCGAUACUACAAAAUCAGGAGUAGCUUCUGAAACGGUCAAAUCAUUUACCCAAGCCCUGGGUCUGCCCACUGUUAGUGCCUCCUAUGGCCAAGAGGGUGAUCUAAGGCAAUGGCGUGACAUGGAAGAGAAUAAACAAAAAUAUUUAUUACAAGUUAUGCCACCGGCAGAUAUUAUACCGGAAGUGGUAAGAAGUAUAGUGCGUAAAAUGAAUAUCACCAAUGCGGCCAUUUUGUAUGACGAUACCUUUGUGAUGGAUCAUAAGUACAAGUCAUUGUUGCAAAACAUACAAACCCGCCAUGUUAUUACAGCCGUAGCUGAGGGAGAACGGGCCCGAGCCGAUCAGAUUGAGAGAUUGAGAAAUUUGGAUAUAAAUAAUUUCUUUAUAUUGGGCAGUUUGAAAACAAUUGGUCAGGUUUUGGAAUCGGUUAAACCGGCCUUUUUUGAGCGGAAUUUCGCCUGGCAUGCUAUUACCCAAAAUGAAGGUGAAGUUACUAGUAAACGUGAUAAUGCUACAAUUAUGUUCUUAAAACCGGUAGUCUAUCCCCAAAAUCGUGAACGUUUGGGCCUGCUGCGUACCACCUACAAUUUGAAUGAGGAACCACAAAUUAUGUCGGUUUUCUAUUUUGAUUUGGCCUUGAGAACCUUUUUGGCAAUUAAAGAAAUGUUACAAUCGGGAGCAUGGACUGCAAAUAUGGAAUAUUUAGGCUGUGAUGAUUUUCAGGGUGGAAAUACGCCCGAAAGAAAUAUUGAUUUAAAACAAUAUUUUAUACAGGUCACCGAACCCACAUCUUAUGGAGAAUUUGAGUUAGUCACUCAACCGGGUCAAACUUUCAAUGGCUACAGUUAUUCUAAAUUCGAAAUGGAUAUAAAUGUUAUACAAAUACGUGGUGGUAAUUCGGUUAAUAGCAAAUCAAUUGGUACCUGGACUGCGGGCUUAGAUUCGUAUUUGACCAUUAAAGAUGAAGAGGCUAUGAAAAAUCUUACAGCCGAUACGGUUUAUAGAAUUUUUACGGUGGUGCAAGCUCCCUUCAUAAUGAGAGACGAAACAGCUCCCAAGGGCUACAAAGGUUACUGUAUAGAUUUGAUCAAUGAAAUUGCCGAAAUUGUGCAUUUCGAUUAUACAAUUCAAGAAGUUGAAGAUGGUAAAUUCGGCAACAUGGACGAGAAAGGAGAGUGGAAUGGCAUUGUCAAGAAAUUAAUCGAUAAACAUGCCGACAUAGGUUUGGGUUCGAUGUCUGUAAUGGCAGAACGUGAAAUUGUUAUAGAUUUCACGGUGCCCUACUACGAUUUGGUCGGCAUAACAAUAAUGAUGCAAAGACCUAGUACUCCAAGUUCACUGUUUAAAUUCUUAACCGUAUUGGAAACCAAUGUAUGGUUGUGUAUAUUGGCCGCAUAUUUCUUUACCAGUUUUCUAAUGUGGGUAUUUGAUCGCUGGAGUCCGUACAGUUAUCAAAAUAAUCGUGAGAAAUACAAAGAUGAUGAUGAGAAGAGAGAGUUUAAUUUGAAGGAAUGUUUAUGGUUUUGUAUGACUUCAUUGACCCCGCAGGGAGGUGGUGAGGCGCCCAAAAAUCUUUCGGGUCGCCUGGUAGCGGCUACUUGGUGGUUAUUUGGUUUCAUUAUUAUUGCUUCAUAUACCGCCAAUUUGGCUGCCUUUUUGACGGUAUCGCGUUUGGACACCCCUGUUGAAUCUUUAGACGACUUGGCUAAACAAUACAAGAUUUUGUACGCUCCCCUUAAUGGAUCUUCGGCCAUGACUUAUUUUGAACGCAUGGCCAAUAUAGAGCAAAUGUUUUAUGAGAUUUGGAAAGAUCUGUCUUUAAAUGAUUCUUUGACUCCUUUGGAGAGAUCCAAACUGGCUGUAUGGGAUUAUCCUGUAAGUGAUAAAUACACAAAAAUGUGGCAAGCUAUGCAAGAGGCUCAAUUGCCCUCGACACUGGAUGAGGCUGUAGCCAGAGUUCGUAACUCCACUACCGCUACGGGUUUUGCUUUUUUGGGCGAUGCUACCGAUAUACGUUAUUUAGUAAUGACAAAUUGUGAUCUUCAGGUGGUGGGUGAGGAGUUUUCACGCAAACCUUAUGCUAUUGCUGUGCAACAAGGAUCACAUCUCAAGGAUCAGUUUAAUAAUGCUAUUUUAACCCUCCUCAACAAACGCCAAUUGGAAAAACUCAAAGAAAAGUGGUGGAAGAAUGAUGAAGCCCAAGCCAAAUGUGACAAACCCGAGGAUCAAUCGGAUGGUAUCUCCAUUGAAAAUAUUGGUGGCGUAUUCAUAGUCAUCUUUGUGGGCAUUGGCAUGGCCUGUAUUACUUUGGUAUUUGAGUACUGGUGGUACAAGUAUCGCAAAAAUCCACGCAUUAUUGAUGUGGCCGAAGCCAAUACACCACCUGGCAAAGAUGUGAAAUUGGCUGAAGGUGUUAUUUUGGGACAAUCUGGCAAAGAAUACGACAAAGCCAAUGCUGCUUUACGUCCACGUUUCAAUCAAUAUCCUCAAAACUUUAAACCAAGAUUUUAAGAUACAGUGUUGCAUUAAAUUUAAAUAUUGAAUAUAUAACUGUUUUUACGCACAUACAAUUUACAGGCAUACAUGUGUAUAAAUAAAUGCAAUUAUUUUGGUGUUUAUAUAAUAAAAUGCACAAAUUAACUUAAAUCUUA